UUUCUACAGACACGGAUCAACAAUAAGGCACUCCAUCUUAGGCCAGAAUAUAAAUAACCUAAAGACCAUUCAUUUGUUAUCUCACCGAAACAAGCAAUCUCUUUGUUCUUUCUUCGAUUUCCUCCCUUGAGAAUUUCCAUUUCAAGCUUUUUCUAGAUCUUCUAUUUGAACCGAAAGAAUGUCUGGACGUGGCAAAGGAGGAAAAGGACUAGGAAAGGGAGGCGCAAAGCGACACCGUAAGGUACUUCGUGAUAACAUCCAAGGAAUAACGAAGCCAGCAAUUCGGCGUUUGGCUCGUAGAGGUGGUGUGAAGCGUAUCAGUGGGUUGAUCUACGAAGAGACACGAGGUGUCCUCAAGAUCUUCCUCGAGAAUGUUAUCAGAGAUGCUGUCACAUACACUGAGCACGCUCGCCGGAAGACUGUGACUGCCAUGGAUGUUGUCUAUGCACUCAAGAGGCAAGGCAGGACUCUUUAUGGGUUUGGUGGUUAGGGCUUUUGAUUUUGUUUUCAAUUAGUUGAAAGUCUUGCUGUCAAGAAAUUUAGGAUUACUGCUCCGUUUUUUUAGGUUUUUAUUAGAUGGGCUGGGCUAUUUGUAAAUGAUAAUGUAAUGGGGUUGGGCUAGUUAAUGGGUCUUUCUAGUAUGGCUUUUUAGUGUAACUUCUUUGGAUUUUGGAAUGAAAUGGUGAUGGUGUUUGAUGCA